UUGAGCAAGCCGUGCAUCGAACCGCUUUCUGUUAGUCUUCAGUACCCACAGACGACUGACUUUGCCUUUGUGUUAAUUUAUUUUACCUUCCUAACAUUGAUUCAUCUGAGCAGACGUUUUGUUCAAGUAUAUAUGCAAUGCUGUCACGCUCGAUCCGUGCGGAAACCCGCAGUCGGGCUAAGGAAGAUAUUAAGAGGGUGAUAAAUGCUAUAGAUCACGUGAGAUCAUGGGAGAAGAAAUGGGUGACAAUAGGAGACACAACCAUGAAGAUCUUCAAAUGGGUACCAGUUUUGUCUUCUGGAGAAAAUGGUCAGCCUGGUGCUAAAAGAAGAAAGCUGUCUGCUAAAGAGAAGGACAAGACAAAAUUAUCUGUUCCAGAAACUGACCUUGGCUUGAGUCAAGACAGUACAAGUCAAGCUGUGUAUACAGAGGAGAACAGCCGACAGUCUCAGGAUUCCAACCACAGUGAAGGGCCCAGCCUGAACAAUGAGGACUCUAAUCUCUCUUAUCCCAACUCUGCAAUGCUAGAAGAGUCGAACCAAGACAGCAUGGAUGGAGACUCCUUGCAGCUUGGUGCUAGUCUAGAUGACUCCCAAAGCAAGCCUUCCUUUACUAACUUCACAGAAGAUGCCCAAAGCUCAUAUCCAGAUCCACCUGUCCUUGAGAGAGAAACCAAUGAAGAAAGUGCAGUGAAAAAAUUCCAUCCAGAGGGAUCAACCUUUGAUGACUCCAGCACAAAUGCCAACAGUUGAUCAACACAGUUUUCUAGUUAAAUAGACAUUGUAGAUUGAUUUUGUGGCAGAUAGCAUUCCCACAGGAGGUUUUUCAUCUCAUUUGGGUGCUACUUUGGGUAGGAGGCCAUCAUUUUGAUUCUGUAAAGCAGAUGUUCAGUGAGUUGAGGACUGCAAACGCACAUUCUGCUGAAUAAUUAAAAAAUUAUACUCCGUGGUAGUGCACCUGUGCUUUGGAAUUAAAUGGAUUCAAAUGUAAAAUGGCAGGAUGAGAUUCAAAUCAUGAUCAUGUCGUGGUCAGACAUAUAUAAAUGUUUACUAGCGUUUUAUUGGUCAUUUUUAUGUUGUCUAGGCAGUAGGGCUCUUUGCACAUCAAGGAGUACAUUUAACUAAACUGGUCCAUUUUGGGAGUUCCUAACAUGUAAUUACUCAACUGUACAGGGUUUUUUACGAUCUUUCGCAACUUUGCUUCCUGUUUAGUUGAAAGAAUUCAAGUUUUGUGCCAAAUCAAAUUUACUUAACAAAAAUGCCAUUUUUUCCUACUCAUUUCUUGCUUGCUGCUGAUUAAAGGUAUCCUAUCAGGGAUAUUUUCACCAAACAGUAUAUUCUUUGAGAAAAUAAUUUUCUUCUACUCAUGAGUAAUUCCUUGGUCUCUACCUGCACAUGGAUGAUGUUAUAUGCUAUUUUAAUGAGACCAUGUCUUCUUGUAAGUUUCAGAAAAAGAUAUCCAUGUCAGGUAUUUAUUGAAGUGUUUUUAUCGUUUGUGAGGUCUGAAUUGGGAAAUCUGUUCAAAGAAAAUGUGACUCCAGGGCAUUGUCAUAUUGGUUAGGUAUAACUUCAAGUUCAUUGUACAACUGCAGCUAGUGCGGGACCUCAGUUUUGGUGACUCUCUUAAGUAAUAGCCAGACUAAGUUUUCUCUGAGUGGACUAGCCAAGUUAAAGGUACCACUGGAUGUGAGCAGGGAUUUAGUCAACCUGUUGCAAUUUUGCUAAUGAAAUGUUGUAUUUUUCGUCAUUAUGUGUGAAAAUGUAGAAAGUAGAAUUAUUAUUUACUGGGAAAGCUUAUCUUGUGUGAAUGAUGAUACUUUUGUAUCAGUCUUAUGGUCCAGGAUAAGUGCAGCACAGUUUCCUUAAAUUACGUUUAGCAAGUCCUUGACACUUCCAAAAUUGACUUUUUUUUUACAAUCAAAUCUCAAUCACCUCUGAGAACCAGGAUUGAAAAUGUGUUACUAAAGGCAGUGGUGUAGUUGAUACAUAUGUGUCUGUUUAAAGACAAUUCUAUAAAAAGAUAUUUCAGGAAGGAUCUUGUAAGUGCAAUCAGUUUUCACCUUUCUUACUUUAGAGUGGAUGAUAGUUGAGAAAGUAGAAAUUCAUUCUAAAUUGUAUGUUGUUCUCUUCACCAAUUUUUUUUCGUGUAAAACUGGAUUUAUGUAAUGAGAGUAGUAAAAUUAUGCCAGAAAUUUGUCUUACAUUAACAAAAUAAUUCAUCUUGAUAGAUAUUUUUUUCUAACAGCAACAUGCUGCAUUUACAGGGGAAAGUACAAUUGUCAGUAACAGAAAGAAAAUAAAGGUAAAUAAUAAUAACA